UUCCCCAAAGCGAAUUGAAGGUUCAAAUGGAAGAACUCUGCAACUCGAAUUCCGAACAAGGCUAUCACUUCCCCCUUUUUACUGGAGGAAAAGUUGAAGGGGAGCAGGGAGCUGCAAUUCAUGUUGUUUUGUUUGAUGCUGGCACUGGCUGUGUUGUAUCCUCUGGACCAGAGCCGUCUGCCAAUCUUGACAUCGUUGUUCUAGAAGGUGAUUUCAACAAUGAAGAUGAGGAGGGCUGGACCGGAGAAGAGUUUGGCAGUCACGUUGUGAAGGAGCGUGAGGGAAAGCGGCCUAUUUUAACUGGUGAUCUACAAGUCACACUAAAAGAAGGUGUGGGGACAAUUGGGGAGCUUACAUUCACAGAUAACUCUAGCUGGAUAAGGAGUAGGAAAUUCAGACUUGGCUUGAAGAUUGCCUCAGGAUUUUGUGAGGGUGUUCGCAUUCGUGAGGCAAAAACAGAAGCCUUUAUGGUUAAGGACCAUAGAGGAGAAUUGUACAAGAAGCACUAUCCACCUACACUGAAAGAUGAGGUCUGGAGGUUGGAAAAAAUAGGGAAGGAUGGGUCAUUCCAUAAGAGGCUGAACAAAUCUGGAAUAUCUACAGUUGAGGAUUUCCUUAGGCUUGUGGUUCGGGAUCCAUAGAAAUUACGC